AUGGCUCAAUCCACCCAGUGCUAUCUCCCUCGGUUCGCUUCGGCGGUCGACGGGCCCAAACGGCCAGUCUCGAUGAAGACAAGACCAACCGCCGCCCAGCAUGCGCAGUUAUUAACCGCAUGCAACGAAGGCCGCCUCGACUCGUUGUUGCGAGCGACCUGGGCUCUCGUACUCCACUACUAUAUCCGCUCCGAGGAUAUUUGCUUCGGGUACCAACACCUCGAGGGAGACUCGCGUUCUCCUAAAUCACCUGCACAGCGUGCCAAUGGCGCCAACAUUUCGACCAUUCGGCUAUCAAUCAACGACAAUGACUCUCUCACGGCAAUUAUAGAUAAGGUGCACACCACCGGCCUGAACACACAGCACAAUGGUGGAAGCUCGGGCGACGAAUCCGAGGGAUACCUUCCUUUCAACACCAUCUUGAUGCUGCGCACAUAUGAUCCGCCGGCAUCACCUUCAAAACCAAUUUUGGCAGCAGCUCUUCCGGACGAAUGUCAAGUCCGUCUUCAUGUCAAGGUCAUGCGUGGGGACAUCGGCAUGUUCCUUGAGUGGCGCAAGGGUGACAUGUCCGCAGACCAGAUGAAGAGUGUCGCCAACAUUUUUGAGCAGUUGCUUGCCAAAGUUUUGGCUGCCGAGAAUACCGCUAUUAGCCAGCUUAAUUUGUUCUCGGAGAAUGACUGGCAACGCAUCCGCAAGUGGAAUUCCACUAUUCCUGAACUUCAUGAUCGCUGCAUCCACGAGGCUAUUCGCGAUCAAGCACUUAGUGGACCAGAUCGCGAGGCUGUAUGCGCCUGGGAUGGUAGCUUGACCUUCGGGGAGCUGGACCACCAGGCGUCGAAGCUCGCAUGCCACCUGCGGAUGCAGGGCGUUGGCCCAGAAGUUCGCGUGGGAUUGUGUUUCGACAAAUCGAAAUGGAAUAUCGUUGCAAUGCUUGGCGUGAUGAAAGCCGGGGGAGCUUUCGUCCCACUCGAUCCCACGCACCCAACUUCACGUCUGCAGAACCUCCUCACAUCCGUCCAGGCUGCAGUUGUGCUAUGCUCCGACACGCGUGCCGAAAAGCUUCGCCCUAUUGUAAAGACUCUAAUACCCCUUAACACGGAGACUUUGGAUCGCUUGUCCGACGCAGACAGUGUGGAUCUCACGUCGGGUGUUACUAGUCAAAAUGCGGCUUAUGUUCUAUUUACCUCCGGGUCUACCGGAGAGCCAAAGGGAACCUUGCUGGAGCAUCGCGCAUUCCUCUCAAGUGCCAUCGUGCAUGGGCCAGGUCUGCGCAUCUUCCGCGACUCGCGUUGUCUUCAGUUCGCAGCUCACACGUUUGAUGCCAGUUUGGCCGAGUCGUUGACGCCGCUCAUACAUGGUGCCUGCGUGUGCAUCCCAAGCGAGGAGGCUCGGCUCAACGACAUCGUCAGCACUAUAAAUGAAAUGCGUGUAAAUCACGCAUGCUUUACCCCGUCAUUCAUCGGAUUCAUUGAUAUCGAGAGCGUCCCAGGAUUGGAAAGUCUGGUUCUGGCCGGCGAGGCAAUGUCGCAGUCGCAGCUGGCUACCUGGUCCAGAAUCAAACUGGUCAAUGGGUAUGGACCGACUGAGGCCAGUGUCGCCUCCGUGCUUAACUCGUGUGUUACACCAGGCACCGAUUGCAAAAAUAUCGGGUUGCCCAUCGGUGUCAGGGCUUGGCUUGUGAACCCUGAUAACCAUAACGAACUGGUCCCUGUGGGAUGCCCCGGCGAACUACUUUUGGAAGGCCCAUCCCUGGCCCGGUGCUAUGUGAAUAAUCCCCAAAAGACCAACGAAUCUUUCGUCUACGAUCCUGCUUUCACGAAAUUGGAGGCGGAUAGUGCUUCUAACCGUAGAUUUUACAAGACUGGUGAUCUUGUGAGGUACAACGCUGACUCUGGCGCCCUCAACUACGUUGGUCGGAAGGAUACCCAGGUUAAGGUCCACGGACAGCGCAUCGAGCUUGGUGAAAUCGAGAACCAGCUCAGUACCGACUCGCACGUCACUCACUGCUCUGUCUUUUUCCCUAAGUCCGGUUUCUCCAAGGCUCGCCUGGCCGCCGUUGUCUCUUCUGCAGGGCUGCUCGCUGAACAGUCAGAGUCCGAUUUGGAGCCUCUGCGGCUAGUCUCAGCCUCGAAAAAGGCUGAACUUAUUCGCGGAAUCCGUGAGCGUCUCUCCGCACGGCUUCCAACUUACAUGGUCCCUGCGGUUUGGCUUUGCGUUGAAGCUUUGCCUCUCUUGCCCUCUGGGAAACUCGAUCGCAAGGGUAUCGCUACUUGGGUUGCGGGUAUGGAAAGUGAUCCGGAUCUUCAGAACAAUGUCUCUGUCGCGGUAUUCGACGUAGAGACAUCACAGCCGGCCAACGAGCGGGAAGAAGCUCUGGCCGCUGUGUAUAGCCGCGUCCUUAACAUCCCUCAGAACCAAUUGAACCUUAAUGAGAGUUUCUUAGCGCUUGGAGGUGACUCGAUCGCAGCGAUGUCAUGUAUUGGUUUGUGCAAGAAGAGUGGGCUCGCUCUUUCAGUACAGGAAAUCCUUCGAAGCAAAUCGAUUCGGGAUCUAGCCACCAGAGCGAAGACGAUUAGCAACGUGACGACUUACGAGGAGACGGUCAAUCAGCCAUUCGACCUUUCACCCAUUCAGAUUCUCCACUUUGGUGUUCGCAAGGAAGGCCGAGGUCACUUCAACCAGGGUGUUUUAGUCCGCAUGAGCCGGCCACUUGACGAACCGACACUACGGAAGGCUAUCGAGAGCUUGGUCUCCCGGCACUCUAUGCUACGCGCACGUUUCACUGACGCGGGGCGUGCAACGGCGUCGAGUCAGUACGUUACCCGUGAUAUCAAGGGAUCUUACCGAUGGAGCACUCACGUCGUUGCCAACAUGGAUGCCAUUAAGCCGUAUAUCGCUGAAAGCCAGUCAUCCAUCAACUGCUUCUCCGGGCCUCUCUUGGCAGUUGACUACUUUGCAGUUGACGGCCAAUUACACGUACUGUCUAUGACUGCCCACCACUUGGUUGUCGACAUCGUUUCUUGGAAGAUUAUCCUUGAAGACUUGGAGGACUUCAUCGUAAACCCCGAAAAGAGUGUCAGCAACGACUCUCUGCCCUUCCAGACCUGGUGUCGCCUCCAGAAUGAACACUGCGACAACCUUCGGAUUGAGCAUAAGGUCGCCACUGAUGCCCUGACAACUCCUGACUUUGGCUAUUGGGGUCUGCGGAACACCGAAACAACCUACGGUGAUGUCGAUUGUGCUUCUUUUGAGAUUGACUCGGCUCACACGAACGCAAUCCUCUUCGACUGCCACAACGCCCUCGGAACAGAGCUGAUAGAUCUUUUCCUUGCAGCAAUGAUUCACUCAUUUGGGCGGUCCUUCCCUGACCGUGCUCUACCGACGAUCUACAAUGAAGGUCAUGGACGUGAAGCUUGGGACUCAUCGAUCGAUAUAUCCCACACUGUCGGCUGGUUCACGAUUCUGCAACCGAUCUUUGUCUCCUCAUACAAGUCUGACAACCCAAUUGAUACGCUCAUGCAGGUGAAGGAUCUCCGUCGCCGUGUUUCGGACAACGGUCGUGCAGACUUUACUAGCCGAGUGAUGCCCACCGACGGCAGGACCGGAUCCGAGCACCCCCAUCCGUUCGAGAUGUCCUUCAAUUAUGUCGGUCAGCACCGUGACCUUCAGCGCAAGGAUGGACUCUUCCAGCUUGUCGAUCACAUGGCCGGUGAGGCUGGCCAAGGAGGUGGUGCCGCUGACUUUGGACGUGACACCCCUCGCUUUGGUUUGUUCGAGAUUUCUGCUAUGGUGGUUGCUGGCAAGGUUCGUUUCAAUUUCUCGUUCAACAAAAUCAUGCAGCACCAGAACCGCAUCCACCGGUGGGUUUCCGACUGCCAGCAGUUGCUCGUUUCCCUUUCUGAGCAGCUUCCAUAUGUGUCGCCUCGUGUGACUCUCAGCUCAUUCCCGAUGCUCUCAUUGACCUACCAGACAUUGGAGAAGAUGCUCACCGAGAAGCUGCCAGCAAUGGGUAUUGAAUCCCCGAAUCUUGUGGAAGAUAUUUAUCCUUGCUCUCGUAUGCAGCAGGGUAUUCUGCUUGGACGUACCCGCGACAGCUCCUACUACGCCGUCCACGACACAUUUGAGAUCCGCGGCACUGGAGCUGGUCAGCCCAACUUGGAUCGACUCGUUAAUGCCUGGCAGCAAGUCGUGGCCCAUCAUGCCAUGUUCCGCACUAUCUUCGCAGAAAAUCUUACUCCUCGGGAUCCCUUCUGCCAGGUUGUGCUCAAGAAUUACGAUGCCACUCCAGUCUUCCUGCAAUCUUCCAGUGAUAGCGACGUUCUCGCUAUCUUCGACAAGCAAGAUGCAAAAGAUUAUAGCGACCUGGCUCCGGCGUAUCGCUUCUCCAUCUGCCAGACGCCCACUGGUCGCCUCUUUGCCCGCAUUGAACUCAGUCACGCCGCCAUGGAUGGUAACUCCAUCUCGAUCAUUCUGCGUGACUUGCAGUUGGCAUACGCCGGAAGACUCGAGGAGAGCCCGCAGCCCUUGUUCAAGGACUACAUGCAAUACCUGCAGGAUGCCCCCAAGGAAGCCAGCAUGAACUACUGGCGCUCUUAUCUGGCUGAUGCUAACCCUUGCCACUUCCCCACCCUGGUGGAUGGUGAGAAGUCCGCGAAGAGCCUCCGGUCUAUUCCUGUCCAAUUCAGUGCGCUCUCUGAACUAUCGAGCGUUUGCGAGAAGCGCGGCAUUACGAUGGCCAAUGUGUUCAACGCUGCUUGGGGUCUGACUCUCCGUGCCUUCUGUGGAUCUGAUGAUGUCUCCUUCAGUUACAUGGCUUCACUGCGCGAUGUCUCCGUUGAUCAAGUUCAGUGGGUCGUCGGCCCCGUGAUUAACCUUCUGGUUUGCCGGAUGCGGGUCUCUGGUGACUCCAACCUCAACGACGUCCUACAACAAGUUCAGAAUGACUACAUGGAGAGCAUAACCUUCCGCCAUACCUCCCUCAUUGAUAUACAACAUGCUUUGAAAUUGUCUGAUACCAAUCUCUUCAACUCGGGUAUUUCUUACCGGCGCCUCCCGAGUUCCAAGGAUGCUGUCCAAAGUGACAUCGAGUGCAUCGAGGUCGGAUCAAUCCAUGACCCAGCUGAAUUCCCAGUUUUUAUCAAUGUCGAGGCCAUGGAUAACAAAGCCCGUAUCGAUCUCAACUACUGGACCAGCAACCUGUCGGAUGCCCAAGCUAUGAACGUUGCCAACACUUACGUCAAGUGCCUCGAAAACAUUGUUUCCAACAUUGACGGCAAGGUCAGCCAGCUCGACAGCCUCAGUGAGGACAACAAAGCCCAGAUCAUGAUUUGGAACAGCAAGACUCCCAAGCCUUUUGAGAAAUGUGCGCACCACGUUGUGCAAGAAAUGGCCAAGAAGCGCCCCGAUGCUCUCGCCGUCAUUGCUUGGGAUGGAAACCUUACCUACUCCAAACUUGAUCAAUACUCCUCGCGCCUCGCCACCUACCUAGCCAACUUUGGCGUAGCUCCUGGAACCCUAGUCCCUGUCUGCUUUGAGAAGUCCAUCUGGAACAUGGUCUCCGUCCUGGCUGUCAUGAAGGCCGGCGGUGGCUGCAUGCCGCUGGAAAACAUCCAAAACUCGCCUAUGGUUGAGAAGCGGAUUGCCGACAACGUUCUACAGGUCGCUCUGGCUUCACCCGAGAAGGCUCAAACUCUCGAGGACAUUGUUCCCUAUGUCAUUCCUGUCAGCGAGUCCCUGCUCGAAUACCUCGCUGACGAGGUCCUGAAGCCCAUGACUAACCCAUCCGAUGUCGCAUAUGUUGCCAUGACCAGUGGCACAUCCAGCCCUGCAAAGAGUGUAGUUCUAGAGCACUCGACCGUCAUGAGUCGCGCUGAGGCAUUUGCUACAACCAUGGCAAUCGCUGAUGUGUCGCGCACGUUGCAGUUCGCUCCUCACACCUCCGAUGCGUUCCUCCUCGAGGCGUUCGGUACUUUCAUGUGGGGUGGCUGCGUCUGCAUUCCAGCUGACAUUGACCCUCUCAAGUUGGCUACAUCUAUCAAUGGUCUCCACGCCAACGUCGCCAGCAUCACUCCUACCGCUGCAAGCUUCUUCUCUCCCAAAGAUGUGCCGGGUCUGCGAUCCCUCGCGCUGAGCGGAGAGGUUGUCCCACAGAGUGUUUUAGAAACCUGGAAGACCGAUGAUCUUCAUCUUCAGGUCCUUUAUGGAACAACCGAAAGCUCCUCUGCUUGCUUCCACCAGUUCUGUUCUCUUGAUCAGGAGGAGGCCACUUUGAUCGGAAAGAGCACCUCCUGUCUCGCUUGGGUUGUUGACACCGAGAACUCCAACACACUUGUUCCAAUUGGCAGUGUUGGAGAACUCGCUCUUGAGGGCCCCGUUGUGGCUCGUGGCUACCUCGACAACAUGUUCGAGUCCAACGACUUCUUCGAGAACCCAUCAUGGUUCUCCGGUCUACACGGUGACGGUAAGCACCGUAUUCACAAGACCGGAGACCUCGUCCGCUACAACUCCGAUGGAUCUCUUGUUCUCGUUAGAAGCAAGAGCGAUAAGAAAGCGACUAUUUUGGCUGUUGACUUGGCGCAUACUCACCAACAAAUUGACAACUUCUUGGGGGCUAACAAGAAGUGCCUUGUGGAAACCAUCUCAUUCAAACGGGACGCCGCUAGUGUUGACGCCCUCGUCGCCUUCCUGGUCUGUGCAGAUAUUCCUUCAGCAACGUUCGGCGAACGCGUUAUUCAAUCCCCCACCGCCGAUCUGAAGUCCACUGUCAUCAGUCUCCACAACCAUCUUAGCACUAGCUUAUCCAACAGCAAGGUUCCUAGUAUUUACAUCCCCAUCUCAUCUCUGCCAUUGACCUCCUCUGGCAAGCUAAACCACCAGGCCCUCAAAUCGGAGACACAGCAGCUUUCAAGCAGUGUCUUGGCAUCUUUCGAGAUCAAGAACUGGACUGGUACCAAGGCUGGCAACAGAACUUCCCGAAACGCCAGUCUCUCCGAGGGCGAUGCUGCUUUCUGGAAGGAGUAUCUCGCCGAGGUUGAGCCUUGCGUCUUCCCUGCGCUAUCACACGAGCCAGGUAAUGAAGGUCGCUGCACGCGUACACUGAACAAGCAGACUGCCACGACUCAUGCCUUUGGUAACUUGUUUGGCAUCUCGGUCGAGACUUUCUUCCAGUUUGCCUGGGCUGUUGUCCUAAGGUGGUUCACUGGAUCAGACGAUGUUUGCUUCGGAUAUUCCACCUCGCCCUCGGAGGACAAGAGGCUGGACCCCCGGUCCAUCGCCGCUUGUCGCUUCCUUGUGCACAAUGAGCGCAAGCUGCUGGAUAUUUUCCAGCAGGCCAAGGCCGAUACCGAGAAGGGCGCUCUGAACAUCACUUCUUCGGAUUCAGUCAAGCGCCAGCUCGGACUCGAGGAUACUACCCUCUUUAAUACCUCUCUAACCUACCGCAAAGCCUCAUCCCUGGCCAAGGGAAGUAUCCCAGAGUCCAGCACCUCUAACACAUACAGCAUCCUGGUUGAAGCUGAAGUCUCGUCCUCCUUUGCCGAGAUCCACUUCAAUUACUCCUCCGAAACCCUUUCCCCUUCUCAGAUCAACCAUGUGAUCGACAUGUUCGACCAGGUUUUGGAUAACAUCAUCACUCUCAACCUGCACGAUGACACUGUAGGGGACCUCAAUCUUAUCCCCGAGCGUUCAAUUCGCCAAAUUCGCGAUUGGAACGCCGUCUCGCCUCCCAGAGUUGAGAAGUGUGCCGACGAGCUCAUCCAGCAGCAGGCGCUCCUGCACCCCCGCGCUGAGGCUGUCUGCUCAUGGGAUAAGAACUUCACCUAUGGCCAGCUCGAGAUUGUUUCCAGCCGCCUUGCCCGCCACCUCUCUGGAUUAGAUAUCAAGCCGGAAGUCUUCGUCGUCCUGUGUUUCGAGAAGUCCGCCUGGGCUGUUGUUGCCCAGUUGGCUGUUCUCAAGGCCGGUGGAGCUUUCGUCUCUAUUGAUCCCUCGCAUCCAGAUUCCCGUCUGAAGAUGCUGAUUGAUGAAAUUGGAACUGGGCUUGUCCUCUGCUCUUCUUCGGUCCACGCAAAGGUCUCCAAGCUGUGUGAGAAGUCGUUCGCCGUUUGCCAAACUUCCAUCUCGCAAAUCCCUGACUCGCCUCUGGCUAUGCCUUGUAUUCGACCUGGUCCUAGUAAUGCCGCCUACGCUAUUUUUACCUCCGGUACCACCGGAAAGCCCAAGGCCACGGUCGUGGAGCACACGGCUUUGAGUACCACCGCCUUUGCCAUGAAAGAUGCGUUGCACAUGAAUUCCGGGACCCGUGCGCUUCAAUUCUCGAACUACACCUUCGAUGUUAGUGUUCUGGAGAUCAUGAUGACGCUUAUGACUGGUGGUUGUGUCUGUGUUCCCAGCGAGGAAGAGCGUAUGAACAACCUCGGCGGAGCGAUUCGCCGCAUGGAGGCCAAUUACAUGUCAGCUCCUCCUGCAAUUGUCAACACAUUAGAGCCCAAGACAGUCCCCACCCUCAAGACCAUCAUCACCGGUGGCGAGAAGAUGCCUUCUAACCACAUUGACCGCUGGGCCGACCGAUUCGUCAUCAACGCCUACGGUCCCUCCGAGGCCACUGUUGUCGCUACCGUUGGCGUCAAGAUUGAUUGGGAUGGAAACCGUGUGAACGAUGAUCCUACCUCCAUUGGUCGUGCUGCUAACUGCCGAGUCUGGAUUGUGGACCCCAACAAUUAUAACCGACUUCUUCCCGUUGGAGCUGUUGGUGAGCUGAUCUUGGAAGGAAGCAACAUUGCCCGUGGCUAUCUAGCCAACGAAGCAAAAACCAAGGCUGCGUUUUUCGAGAAACCCGCUUGGAACCAGCACGCUGGCCUUCAGGGUCUCUUCAAGCGUCAGGACCGUAUGUACCGCACUGGUGAUCUGGUGCGCUACAACAGCGACGGCACUCUUGCAUUCAUCUCCCGAAAGGACACCCAGAUUAAGUUCAAUGGCCAACGAAUUGAGCUGGAGGAGAUCGAACACCAGUGUCUCCGAUGCCUUCCUGAAGAUUCCCAGGUCGCGGUCGAUGUUGUUGUUCCCGAGGAGCGGACCAUCGCAAAGGGACUCGCUGCAUUCUUCACUGUGCACAACCCUGCCUCCAAUGGUGGAAGCAGCGAUCAAUUCGCCCCAACCAUUCCUGGAGCCGAUUCUCUGCUGCUGCCCAUCUCCGUGUCCAACAUGGAUGCCAUCCAGAAGAUGAAGGCAUCUUUGCCUGAUCUACUUCCACAGAGCAUGAUGCCGAGACUAUUCUUCCCCAUUCGCAACCUUCCAUUUACUUCUUCGGCCAAGAUUGAUCGCCGAAGACUGAAGGCAAUGGUUCAAUCUUUGUCCAAGGAGACCCUCAAGUCUUACAUUACCUUCAAUGCAUCCGACAAGAAAGAAGAAGCCUCCGCUGAUGGCAUGGAGGCCAAGAUCGUGGCCCUCGUUGAGCACACCCUGGAACUCGAGGCAGGUUCUGUCACUCCUGAUGAUAGUUUCUUCGCCCUGGGUGGAGACUCUCUGUCCGCCAUGAACCUUGUUGGCGCGGCUCAAGCAGAAGGAAUCUCCCUCACUGUAUCAAGCAUCUUCAACACCCCAAUUCUGAUUGACAUGGCUAAGAGCUGCGCCACCACAGCUGAGACUGUUGACGCCCAGCCCGCCGCUGUGAAGCCCUUCUGUCUCCUGCCUUAUAAUGUUGACAAGGAGGGUCUACUUGAUGAAGUCACCGACAACUGCGAGGUGUCCAAGGACCUCAUCAGCGAUGUCUACCCAUGCAGCGCUGUUCAAGAGGGUCUUCUCACUCUUUCCAUCAAGCACAGCGGCUCUUAUGUCGCUCAGCCUGCGUUCCGCCUUGCGAAUGGUAUUGAUGUCAACCGAUUUAAGGAUGCUUGGCAGCAGACUGUCGCCGACCUUGAAAUCCUGCGCACCCGCAUUGUUCACACUGAAGCCAUGAACUUCGCCCAGGUUGUCUUGAAGGACGCUCCCAUUUCCUGGGUGCACGCCGAGUCGUUUGACUCUCUUCCCCUUGACAUAAUGCACCUGCCAAAGCAAAAUGGUGCACCUCUGACCAGCUAUGCCAUGGUUCAGCCGUAUGGAUCAUCUACCAACUACUUCGUUUGGUCUGUUCACCACGCGCUUUACGACGGAUGGAGUAUCCCACUAGUCUUCCGCAAGGUUGAGGAGAACUACCUUGCUGCACAGACGAAGCGCGUUGGAACACCUUACAGCCUCUUCAUUGACUACCUAGUCAACAAAGACAUGGCAGAGUCAGAUGCGUUCUGGAAGUCUUACUUGGAAGGUCUUUCCCGCACUCCCUUCCCCCAGAACAAAAACGCAGUGCCCGAUGCCAUCCGCGCUGGAAAUACCCAGUACCACACUCUGAAGGUUUCCCGAACUCCGGGCAGCGUCGACUUCACCAUCCCUGUUCUCAUGCGGGCUGCUUGGGCUAUUGUUGUUGCCAUCCACACUUCAUCUAGUGAUGUUUGCUUCGGCGAGACCUUGUCUGGCAGAAAUAUUGAUCUUCCUGGUGUUGCCCAGAUUGCUGGCCCUGUGCUGAGCACCGUCCCUACUCGUGUCCAAGUUGACAACGCCAUGUCGACCCUCGAGUACCUCCAGAAGAUUCACCAGUCAACAACUAAAAUGAUUCCCCACUUGCACUCCGGUCUACAGCGCAUUCGUCAGAUCAACAAGGACACCGCCACCGGUUGCGACUUCAAGAACUUGCUCGUGAUCCAGUCCAACGAUGGUGAUCUGGACAACAAGAUCUGGAUUGACGAGAAGCGCGAGACUAGCGAGGAUUUCUUCACUCAUCCCCUUGUUGUCGAAUGUGGCAUAUCCAAAACCAGCAUCUCAUUCACUGUGCACCACGAUGAACUUGUGAUCAAUGGUUGGCAGACAAAGCGCAUCACAGAACAAUUCGGCCAUGUUCUCGGGCAGCUGAUUGCACUGCCAAAGAACAGCGCCACUAAGAUUGGUGACCUGGAUAUGGUCAGCCCGGAGGACAAGGCUGAGAUUAGUAAAUGGAACGGUCGAGCACCUCUUGUGGUCGAGCGAUGCGUCCAAGACUUUAUCCGCGAGAAGUCCGCCGAGACUCCUGAUGCUCCUGCCGUCUGCGCUUGGGAUGGUGAUCUCACCUACCGAGAUUUCUGGGACCUCGCAUCUGGCUUUGCCAACUACCUCAUCUCUCGCGGAGUCGGACCAGAGGUCUUUGUCCCAGUCUGUCUUGACAAGUCGGCUUGGGCCAUGGUGACACUCAUCAGUAUCCUCAUCGCCGGUGGUGGUUACGUGCCCCUUGAUCCCUCUCACCCUACCUCCCGCCACGAGGAGAUUCUCGCCGAUGUUGGUGCCAACAUGAUACUUUGCACUCCAAACUACACCAACCGGUACAGCCGUGUGGUGAAGACCGUUAUCCCCAUCAGCAAGGAGACCAUCAAGGCUUACGGCUCGCUCAAGGCAUCCAACCGGGGCCGCACACCUGUCCAACCCUCCAACAUGGCUUAUGCCCUAUUCACAUCCGGCAGUACCGGACGUGCCAAGGGGAUCAUCGUAGAGCAUCGCAACGUGGUCAGCAGUAUCAUGGCCUUCGCCCCCAUGGUCAGCAUGGACGCCACGUCCCGCGUUUUCCAAUUCGCAUCCCUGACAUUCGACGCCGCUAUCAUGGAGACACUUGCAAUCCUCAUGUUGGGCGGCACCAUCUGUGUCCCCAGUGAGGAUGAUCGUCUCAACGAUGUCUCCGGCGCAAUCCGUCGACUAAAUGUUACUUGGACCUUCCUCACCCCAUCCAUUGCCAGCAUCAUUGAGCCAGCGUCGGUUCCAUCCCUGAAGCACCUGGUCUGCGGUGGUGAAAAGAUGUCCAAGGAGGUUAUCACCAAGUGGGCUAACACCGUUCAUUUGAUGAACGGGUACGGACCUACUGAAACCUGUGUCUUUGCGGUAAUCGACAAUGCAGUGGCGGCCAGCCGUGAUCCUGCCCGUAUUGGCUACGGUAUACCCAGUACUUUGACUUGGAUCGUUGAUCCUGACAACCAUGACCGCCUCACUCCUCUUGGUGCGGUUGGUGAACUGGCCCUCGAGGGCGCAGCGCUUGCAAGAGAGUAUCUUAAGAACCCGGAGAAGAAUGCGGAGGCAUUCGUUACUGACCCAGCUUGGAUCAAGGACUUCGAUUCCAAGCUUGAUGGGCCCCGUCGUAUUUACAAGACCGGCGAUUUGUGCUAUUACAACCCUGAUGGCUCCAUUGAGUAUAUAAGCCGGAAGGACCACCAGGUCAAGCUUCACGGUCAGCGCAUGGAGCUGGGUGAAAUCGAGCACCGCCUGUACGAAGACCCUCGUGUUCGCCACGCCGUCGUCAUUCUGCCAAAGAAUGGCCCGCUCAAGCAGCGCCUCGUUACUGUUAUGUCUCUCAACAGUGUCGCUGCUGACACCAAGUUGAUCUCUGACAAGCCCUGCGAGCUUGCUGAUGAGCAUGAACUGGAGCGUCACGCUUACAGUGAACUUGUUGAUGUUCAGAAGAGCCUUGAGACCCAGUUACCUAUCUACAUGGUGCCCCAGACCUGGGCCUUGGUCAAGAAGCUUCCCAUGCUCGUCUCCGGCAAGCUGGACAGGAAGAAGAUUACAGCUUGGCUUGAGGACAUUGAUGACGAAUCAUACGAGCGCAUCAUGGCUGAUUAUGAUCGCAUCAAGCGUGGUAAGACCGAGGAGAAGCCGCGAGAGCAAGACAAGAUUGGCUCUCUCAAAAUUAUACAGGAAAUUUUCUCACAGGUUCUCAACAUUUCACUGCAAAAGGUCAAUGUUGACCGAUCUUUCGUUAGUCUAGGCGGAGACAGUAUCACUGGUAUGGCUGUCAUCUCCCGAGCCCGCAAGCAAGGCCUGGUCGUUACGCUACACGAUAUCUUGCAGAGUCGGUCUGUCAAGGAACUUGCCCAGAGCGCCAGUGCAAAGGUCAUUGUUACCCAGCGCGAGGAAAAGUCUGGCGAAGGCUUUGCGCUUUCGCCUGUUCAGAAGCUGUACGUGCAGACCUCGCACUCCUUCAAGGGCGAUGCUCGUUUCAAUCAGAGCAUUACUGUCCGUAUCUCCCGCCGCGUUGAGGGAGAGGUGCUCCGACGUAGCAUCAAAGCCGUCAUUAGUCAACACGCAAUGUUCCGCGCACGUUUCAGUUCAAAGAACGGCGUCUGGCAGCAAAAGACUGCUGCGGAGGUUGACGAGUCUUUCCGGUUUAAUGUUCACUCUGUCAGUGAUACUCGCGCAAUGGUUCCCAAGAUUGCCGAUAGCCAGCGGUCUCUAGAUCCCCAGAACGGACCUAUCCUUGCUGCUGAUCUGUUCAAUCUUCGUGCUGGUGGACAGAUUCUCUUCCUUGUUGCUCAUCAUUUGUGCAUCGACAUGGUCUCUUGGCGCAUUGUCCUGCAGGACCUCGAAGAGUUGGUUGUUUCUGGAUCCCUGUCGAUGGACAAAGCACUUUCCUUCCAGAGUUGGUGCGCUAUGCAGACUGAGAGAUUGAAGACCCAUGACGCAAAUAUCGCCCUGCCUUUCACCCCUGAGAAGCCGAACCUGAGCUACUGGGGUAUGCAGGACUCGCCCAAUGUCUACGGUGAUCUCAAGAUGGAAUCGUUCUGCUUGAGUGAGGAGACCACCAAGUUUAUUCUCGAUGGCUGUCACGAUGUCUUCCGCACUGACACCGUUGAUAUUCUACUCUCUGCGAUUAUUCACUCCUUCGGUCGCGUGUUUACUGAUCGCAAGGUUCCCACAAUCUACAACGAAGGGCAUGGCAGAGAGCCGUGGGAUGCCAGCAUCGAUCUUUCCAGGACCGUUGGCUGGUUCACCACCAUGGCACCACUUCUUAUUGAUGGAGGUGCUACCGGUAUAACCGACAUUAUCAAGCGCGUCAAGGAUACUCGCCGCAAGAUCACUUACAACGGAAGACCCUACUUUGCUAAGAGUCUUCUCCAGAAUGAUGCGGCUUCUUCUAGCUUCCCUAUUCCGUUGGAGAUUCUCUUUAACUAUCUCGGCCGACUCCAGCAGCUGGAGCGCGCCGACUCUCUCUUCCACCAUCACGGCAGUGUCUUCGACAACUCGGACUUUGCUGUCGCCGGUGACAUGGGCCCUCAAACCCAUCGAUUUGCUCUCUUCGAGCUUUCUGCUAUCGUUAUCAAAGAGCGUCUCAAUGUUGCCUUCAGCUAUAACCGAAAGACGCAGUAUCAGCCUCAGGUCCGGCGAUGGAUCCUGCAGUGCAAGCAGACUUUAGAGAAGGACCUUAUGGCUCUGAAGUCAAUCGCCCCCGAGCCUACCCUCAGCGACUACCCUCUUCUCCCCAUCACCUAUCAUGGCCUCCAGAUGCUUACCACAAGCACCUUCCGCAAGGCUGGUAUCCGCAGCACUGAUGAUGUUGAGGAUAUCUACCCCUGCUCGCCCAUGCAGGAGGGUCUCUUGCUCAGCCAGCUACGCGACCCCGAUGCCUACAUGUUCCACACUGUGUUUGAAAUCAAGGACGCAAAGGGUGGCAAGGUCGAUGCAGAGAGACUUGCUCAAGCCUGGCAAGCAAUUGUCGCUCGUCACCCUGUGCUUCGAACUAUCUUUGUGGACAGCAGCUACACGGGUGGAUCAUUUGACCAGCUCGUGCUCAAGAACGUCACCAGCAGCAUCCUCCGUGUGGAAUGUCACGACUCCCACGUCGAGGAGAAACUCGCCACAAUCUCCCUCCGUGACUCGAAUGCCAUGCGGCAAUUGAAACUUUCACACCAGAUGACUGUCUGUAAGACAAACAGUGGACGGGUCAUCCUCAAGCUGGAGAUCAACCACGCCAUCAUUGACGGUGGGUCGGUCGAUGUCCUUCUUCGUGAUCUACCUCUAGCCUACGAGCGCAAACUUCUCGAGGGCCCCGGUCCUGCCUUCAGUGACUACAUCAAGUUCAUCCGCACCCAAAGCCAGAGCGAGGCUCUUGGUCACUGGAAGCAGUACCUCGGGGGAGUCCGUCCCUGCCAUGUUGCCCACACCGCUGAUUUUGGCUUCAAACGUGAGCUGAAGGGAGUGAUGAUGAAUUUCCAGCGCUUCCCUGAGUUGCUCACCUUCUGCGAACAGAGCUCUGUAACUCUCGCCAAUCUGACUCUGUCCGCCUGGGCUAUUGUAUUGCGCCAAUUCACCCAAUCCGAUGACGUAUGUUUCGGAUAUCUAUCUGCUGGUCGCGACGCCCCUGUCAAUGGCAUCCAGGACAUGGUUGGUAUCUUUAUCAACAUGCUCUGCUGCAGAGUGCAAUUCUCUGGUCAGCAGACCCUCGCCAGCUUGUCCAAGAGUGUACAGGAUGAUUACUUCAGGUGCAUUCCUCACCAGAGCUGCUCGUUGGCCAGUAUCCAACAUGAGCUUGGUAUUCAAGGACAGUCUCUCUUUAAUACCACACUGUCCAUUCAGAACCACUCGGUCGCGGGUGGCUUUAAGGACAAGGGUCUGUCGUUUGAUCUUCAGCAUGCACAUGACCCCAGCGAAUAUGCGGUUACUGUGAACGUCGAGAUUGCCCGUGGUCAAGAGGGUAUUCUUUUGAGAUAUUGGAACGAUGUUGUGUCUGACGAACAGGCACAGGCUCUGGCUGAUACCAUUGCAAGAGUCUUCACCGGAUUCAUUGAAUCCUCGACUACCACCCUAUCUCAGGCCAAGUUUGGUGCCGACGCUUCGUCGGAGUCGGUGGAUUGGGAUCGCUCUCAGACCACUCUGGCUGACAAGGCCAAAUCCACUGGAGAAGCAAUGGACAGCAGUGCCAUUCAAAAGAUCAUUGACGAUCGUGUUCAUGAGAUAAUUGCGAAGAUGUUAAGAGAUGGGAAAUUGCAGGUGCCCUCUAUUCAAACUACUGGCUUGUCUGACUACGUCCGUCCGGGUGUCACUACGGACUCGCCAUACCAGAUGGGUAUUCAAGGUGCCGAUGAUUCGGGUGUUUGUUCGGCAACAUCUCGCUCCAGCGAAGAGGGGAUGUCAGCCAAUGUGGAAAGGAAAUUAUGGAACCUUUGGAGUACAGCUCUUGGUCUCUCGCCCAACGUGGUAAGACAUCAGGAUAGUUUCUUCAAAUUGGGUGGUGACAGUAUCACCGCCAUGAAGAUGGUCAGCGCUGCUCGUGAAGAAGGCCUCGUUCUCACCGUCGCGGAUGUCUUCAACAACCCUGUCUUCGCGGAUAUGGUUGCCACUGUUCGCGCGGCCAACGUCACCCAGCAGAUGUUGAACCAGGAUCUCCAACCUCAAUCUGCCAUAACCAAAGAAGAAGAGUAUGCUGACAGCACUCCAACCAUGCUUGGCCCAACAAUGUUAGGACCUACCCCAUCCUCCGAGAGUAUUGAGAUGCUCAAGCCCUCGUGUGUUGAUGAGGCCGAUGUUCAGCGUGGAAUCUGCCCCAAGAUUGGUGUUUUUAAGGGUGGCAUCGCAGAUGUUCUCCCUGUCACUGACUUCCAGGCAAUGUCCCUGACAGCAACUCUCUUCAAGUCCCGGUGGAUGCUUAACUAUUUCUACCUGGAGGGUAAUGGUCCCCUCGAUCUGCGACGCCUUCGCGAGAGUUGCCUGAAGGUCGUUGAUGCUUUCGACAUUCUGCGGACUGUCUUUGUCUGCUUCCACGACCAGUUCUUCCAGGUCGUGUUGCGCAAGAUCCGUCCUAGCAUCUUUGUCUAUGAGACUGAUCGUGCUCUCGACGAGUUCACCAUGACCCUACAGCAGCGUGACCGUGAAUACGGUCCCCGCGAAGGAGAGCAGUACAUCCAGUUCUACGUUGUCAAGAAGAAGGGUAGCGACCAGCACCGUAUCUUGAUCCGUCUGUCUCACACUCAGUAUGAUGGAGUUUGCCUGUCCAAGAUCAUGGCUGCCAUGAAGCAUGGAUACGAGGGGAGCCCCCUGCCACCAGUCACUCCCUAUGCAAGUUACCUUCGACAGCUGCCGGGUACAAUUGGCCCCGACCACUACCGUCACUGGGCUGAUCUCCUCAAGGGAUCUCAAAUGACCCAAGUUGUGCGCCGCAAGGGUACCAGCAUGUUCCAAAACGUUGGAGCAUUCACUGAGAUUCACAAGCGCAUUGAGAUCUCACCAACCGCCCUUGGUAAUGUCACUAUCGCGACUGUCAUGCAGGCUGCCUGGGCUCUCACCCUCGCCAAACUGUCCGCCCAGUCUGACGUUGUCUUCGGUCUCACAAUCAGCGGCCGCAACGCCACAGUGCCUGGUAUUGAAAACACCGUUGGUCCAUGUGUGAACGUCAUCCCAGUUCGUGUCAAUCUAAGCGAGAACUGGACAGGCCUCGACCUCUUCCGUUACAUCCAAGACCAGCAGGUCUCCAACAUGCCUUUCGAGUCUCUCGGCUUCCGCGAGAUCAUCAAGCAAUGCACUGACUGGCCGGCCUGGACCUACUUUACCACUUCAGUCUUUCACCAGAACGUCGAUUACGAAGGCACCCUCGAGCUGGACACCACCAAGUACCGCAUGGGUGGCGUUGGCGUCAAUGACAACCUUGCCGACCUCACCAUGGUCUCGCGCCCCUCAGGCGAACGCGGCCUCGAUGUCACCCUAGGCUACUCUGAGAAGGGCCCAAUCAUGCCCUCGUUUGCAUCAAAGGUCCUCGACAUGGCCUGCGAGAUUGCACAGUCUCUAGUCGCAAACCCAAGCGCAUCACUGCCAUCAGCAAGCAUGCUCCGCUCCCUUCCAGCCCAGACAAUUGACGACCUACCCCGUCCCUCAGAUGAGCACUUCCUCAGCGCACACCUCAAGUCCCGCUCCAUCGCCGAGCUCCUCGUGCACUCUGACAUUCUCUCCCGCUCCUGGCACCAGGUCCUACCUAGCCGCACGCCAACCGCGCCAAUCGGCUCGGACACCGACGAGAAGCCAAGUCACCAAUCGACCUUCCAGCUCGACUCAUCCUUCUUUGACCUUGGAGGUGAUAUCUUCAACCUGGCCCAGCUUACUUGGCUACUUGAGCAGGAAGGCCUCAAGGUCCGCCUCGAGGAUCUCAUCGAACAUCCUUCAUUCCUCGGCCAGAUGGCUGUCCUUGCUCUGCACAAUACCAAGCAUGUUGAUGAUGUUUCCACUGAGCACCUUGCUACCGGGGCAGUUCUUGACUCCCCUGAGCCCAUGGCUCGCGUUGAGAAGAAGAAAACCUGGUUAAAGGCCAAGACGCUGGCGCGCAAGCUCACACGACGUAACAAUACGUUGGUCGCGGGACGGGCUUGA